UUCGUCCGUUCGGGGGUAUAACGUGUUGCUGAGGUUUCCCGCUUCACAUUAUCUGUUUGUUUCAUUUCUGUUACUGUUGUUGCGAUGUCGGAACGUCCAGUAAACCUGAAAGUAAAAAAGAAGGUGUAUAUGAAAAGCACCAGUGAGGAGGAGGAGACAUCUGUAAAACGCGUGGGUUCUGAAUUUCAAGCAAAAAUUCCCAAAUUAGAAAAGUUAAACUUCACAGAUAUUAUAAAAACUGAUAAGGACAAUUGUCUAUGGUGCUCAUCCAUUCUACCUGAAGAUGAAGUCGUUGAUUAUUUGAAGUCUGUUCGAUUAUUGAGACGAAGAGGUUUAAAUGAAGAAAAGGCUCUGAUUUUUUUGCAUCGUAAUAAUUAUGACACAGAAGAAGCCCUGGGAAAGUUCAAAUUGUUCCCAGAUGGAAGUUUCACUUCAGAGGAAUGGUCAGAAAACGAGGCCCGCCGUUUUGAAAAUGGCAUGGAACAGUUUGGAAAAGAUUUUAAUUCCGUUCAAAAGGUGGUGCAGACGAAAAAUAUAAAAGAGAUUGUUGAAUUCUAUUAUCUUUGGAAGAAAACGGAACGUCAUGAUGUGUUUCUGAAAAAGAAAAGUGCAUCUCCAUAUAAACAGAAGCAAAAAAAGAAAAUGUACCUAAUUACUGAUUGUACAGAAUACUUCGAAGACGUGAUCGACGUCGAGAGGCAAGUCCAAACUCGCUCUCGCAGUCGGUUGAGAAAAAUUGAGACAAUUGAGUUGAAAGACUAA